AGGAGAAGUACAGCUAGAAGUACUACGGUAAAGGUAUCUCGCAACUAUGCAUAGGACCUGGUUGAGAGCGAAACCCAGCAUGAGAGCACACAACCCGGCAACAGGUGAAACGCCAGAUACAGGAGUCUUAUGGAUGAGAAGUCAAUUUCAAUGAGAUUGUUCGCGUUGCUCGUCAUUGUUCCCAGUGAAGGAGGGAGAUAUCAAUCCGAAGAGUUCCCAUGGGGUUUGUCAUUGUGUGACAAGAUUUCUGCUUCAAUUGCCAGCCAUUGCUUUGUUGCAGCAGCUGCCAACCAACUCUCACAAUUUCAAAUUCUUGCCGAUCGAAUUGCAGGACAGUAGGCAGCCCUUUUCACGUCUUUCGCACCCUUUCUCAAACUCUUCUAUAAAAGCAAAGCAAACACCAUGACCCAUUUUCUUCCCCUCGACGACAACAUAGACAUGCCAACAUUCUUCAUGGCCACUCCCUCCUGUCCCUCCUCUUCUGAGCUUUCCAGUCCUCCUCCUCUCGUGUGUACUGCAGACUCUUACCAUUCGACAGACAGGAUGCUCUCCAAGAAUCAAGAUAUCUUUUUGCCUCCUCUCGAUUCUUUGGAACAAUACAGUCAACAAGGGCCUUCCUCCUCAAGAAGAAGUCCCGUAUCUGUCAUGAGCAACCGACGGCAUUCCUACCUCAAGUCGAUUCCACUGCCCAAGACGACUCUGUCCGUGCGUGUCGACUCCCAGAGAACACUAGAAAGUGCUGCGCCCUGUACAGCAACCAGCUAUUACGAACAGACACCUCGAGCUCUUAUUGUUUCCGUGCCCUUCUUGCCCAAUCCAAGUGAGCUCGAACAGGAAGGUUCAUUGUCGUGCACCUCCAGGGCCCUUCCCCGAUGCCGUCUUUCACCCAAACGACACGGUGGGCUACCGGUACGACCCAAACCAAGAUCAGCUGCUGCCUUGUGCCCCAGCUUGCUUUGAAAGAACCAUCCGGGGCCGGCUGUAGACUAAACGAAACGACUUCCACUCAUGUGUCCGCAAUACCAAUAAUACAUAUAUAGUACAUAUAUAGUAGCCGCCAGCAACCAUCCUCCUUCAGUUGCUUGUUU